CGAGGCAGAGAGGACGAUCCCGGGGGCGACGCCUGGGGGUUCCUGGGCCAGGACCCCCGAGUGUCCGACGUGACUUCACCGGGGGCGCUCCCGCCGAGGCUUUCGCAGGAAAGUAUCCAAAAUGAAUGACCAAUUUAUCGCUUUAGACAAACUUUUGCUAGAACUGGUUUUCCAACUUGAGCAAGAUUCAAAUGCUAAGGAAGAAGCAAAACAACAGAUUACUUUACUCUCUGAAAAUAUAAGAGAAAAAAAGAGGAAUAUUUUUAUUCUACAAGACAAAAUAAACACAAUUGAUGAUGAAAUUGCUCAUUACAGUAAGCAUAUCAAAUAUAUGAAGAAUGAGUAUACCAACUGGAUGCUGACACGUGAUAUUCUUCAUAAACAUGAAGUUUAUUUGCAGGACCAACUUCGGAAUCACCAAGAAACUACUGAAAAAGACAAAAAAAUGUAUCAGGAUUAUGUGAGACAGUAUAAAGAAAUCUUGAAGCAAUACCAGCAGAAGUAUUCAGAAACUCCUCUUGCUCAAGAGUAUUAUAAGAAUAAAGCAGAAGUGGAAGAAAUAAAAAAACGAAUAUUAACAUGUACUGAGCAAUGUAAAAUUAAGGAAACUAUUCUUAUGGAACUUUUAGCGCCUGCUCCUUUUAAAUCACUUACUCAAUGGACGUUACAAAUUGUUCAAUUGAGAUCUAAAACUGAAGACAUCCUUAAAUAUGCUUCAACUUUGAUCCACAAAUCAUGUAAACUGAAGGAAGAAACAGAUGAAAUAGAAAGAAAAAUUAAUUUUUUGAAUCAGCAGACUGCAAGAAUUUCAGAAACGAAGAACCUUUCAGAAAUCCUAGAAGAAAAAAGUGAAAAAUUAGAAAAAAUGAAAGAAUUUAAAGAGAGAAUUUUUGAAGAACAUGGACAUUUUCGUGUACUAAAUGAGAAUCUUCAAAAUAGUCAACCCUUUCUUCCUUAUACUUCUCAGAACUUAGUCAGACCUGUAAGGAAUGAGAGACAUUUCUCAGAACCAAGAGAAACAGAUGAAAAAGAAGAAAGUUCAUCGAGUCAUUCAACACUUGCCAGGAUUGACUUCAGACCAGAGAGAAAGGCAAUACCGGAAUUUGAUGACUCUGUGAUGAACAAAUAUUCUAAAGUUUCAGCUCUUAAAAGUACACAAAACUUGAUGCAAUUCAGAUUUUUGCUUCUUGAGAAACAAUCAAACUAUAAGCAAAUAUUUGACAAAGGAAGUGCAGAUUCUGAGUGUGGAGAAAAAGAAACAGAAAGAGAAUUAAAAGAUUCAGCAGAUAUCCCACAAGACAGCCACACAGAACACAUGGGCAAAUUAACAGAGGAUAAUCAUGAUGAAACUGAAGAAAACACUGAAAAAUUUCCAAGCACUCCUGAAAUGCCUCUAUUUUUAAGAACUCCUGAAUUUUUGAAAACGCCUGAAUGUGUGGAGAAAUUAGAGUUUUCUAAAAGUCCUUCAUCUGAACUGCUUAGAAAUUUAGGACUUGAAGCCAAAUCACAAAAGACACCACAUGCAUUUUCUUUUGAUAUGGGUUCUUCCACAUCACCUGGAUUUAAUUUAUUUGAGUCUUCUGAAUUUGGAAAUGAAAACUUGCCAGAUCAGUUUGAUGAAAAUUAUUCUUCAGGAAAUUUAAAUCCUGUCUCCUCACAAAAAGAUAUUGGAGGCUUAUUUGGAAAAUCAGAAGGAGAAGAUACUUUUACAUUCCCAUUUUCAUCAGAACCUUCAACUCAUACAUUUGGAGAUGGAAAAGAUGACUUUAGUUUUUCAUUUUCAUUUGAACAGGAACAACACUCAUCACAGUCUUCCUCUUCAAUCAGUUUUCCAUCUUCACAAAAUUCCAAACAGUUUACUUUUUUUUGAAUUCAUGAUUGUGCCACCCAAGAAUUUACAGUAUGAGUUUACAUUCUUACUGGAACAUAUAAAUAUUGUUUAUUUCCUUUCCCUUUCAGUUGAUGUAGUAAUACAUUACUGUUGUUUUAUGAGAUUAUAUUGAUUUCAGUUUGGAAAAAAGUCUUUGUUAUUAAAUUCUGUAUCUGUGGUAUUGGUUAAUUAUUACUCAUAUUAAAUGUGAUUCCAUGGUCCUAAUUAAGCUAGAAUUACAUUCACUUCCGCAGAUAUUAAUGAUAAGUAUUGAGUCCGAUUGGACCCAUCACACUAUGGCGCUCUAUUAUGUGCUUUGGAAGUAGCACACUUCUUUCAAGGCCACUGUGGUAUUGCUUAGUGCAUCCCUGCACAGUGUUUAUCAGUGUUGUCAAGCACUUAGGCACUAGUGAACUGGGGGCAUUUCUGCUUCUAAGUGCUGUCAAGUGGUGCCAUUGUGGUAUUCAAAAAUGAACGUGCCUCCAAAUAAUCUAACUUGUUACCAAGAAGUGAUUUAAGCACUACAGAGAAAAGAGCUUAUAUAAUUUUUUGGUAGAGAAAAUGGAACAAGGAAGAAUAAUUAUUUU